CGCCACGAUGGCCAUGACCCGCUCCGUCGCCCUCCUGCUCGCGCUCACUGUCGUUCUCUGCGUCGGCACGCUCAUGCUGCACGUCCACCUGAGCGGACUCGGCGUCGUCGUUCCCGUUCAUUCGCACCACAACGCGACCACCACCCCAUCGCGCUCGACGACACUGCCGUCGGCUCGCCUUGCCUAUAUGCUCUACGCCACCAACGACAUCACGGCGUGCAACGCGCUCAUUAUGGCCAAGAACAUUCGCCGGCUCGGGACGCCGGCCCAUAUCGACAUUGUGGUGCUGGCCACGACCACGAUCGCAAGCAGUACGCACGCCGCGCUCGCAGCCAACGGUCUAGUCGUCGUGCCCGUGGAGCCGUGGAUGCAGCCGAACGCGCCCCACGACACGUGGUCGGCGUCACUCACCAAGCUGCGCAUUUUCCAAGAGCGCGGCUACGACCGAGUUGUCUACCUCGACUCGGACUCGUGGCUCGAGCGCAAUUUAGACCAUUUGUUUGCGCUGUCCGAAGCGGUCUUCUGGGCGCCGCGCGCCUACUACCAGUCCAACCAGCCGUUUGUGGGCUCGACCUUGCUUGUCUUGACGCCGUCGAAUGCACUCUUUGAGCAGCUCGAGGCCGGCAUCGCGGCGCACCCAAACGACGAGUGGUACGACAUGGACGCGCUCAAUCUUGUCUGGAAGGACUUGUAUGGCAUGCUUCCGAGCCACUAUGUCAUUCUGAACGCGCAUAUCAACUCGAACGACACGUUUGGCUUUCAAAGCGCCGACGAGCGACGCGCGAUGACGUACGUGCAUCACUUUUCCGAAAUGACCAAUGGCCGGUACGGCAAGCCGUGGACGCGCGGCCGCGUCCGCGACGAGAUCAACCCCGCGUGGCAUCCGCAUUUUUACGAACUCUUCGACUUGUACUGGGCCGCCCAUGACAAAUUCUGCACGUGGAUGCGAUAGUUGAAGAAGGAAAUAGAUAGGUAGACGCCUCGACGUGUAAUGAAUGG